CGUGGCCUGGCAGGCCCGCCACCGUCAUCCCCACCCCCUCCCCCCCGUGUCCUCCUCUCUUAGGGUUUUCGCAACAGGCUUCCCUCCCCUUCAUGAUUCAUCAACUUAGUACUCCCCUGCAUUCUGAUUCCUUCUCCAGCAUGUUAACCAUGUCAACGCUUGUGAUUCCUCUCAAUCCUCCACUCCUCACCUUCCUUGUCGUUCAUGGCUCAGGUUUUCUGUUUACAGGUAGCCUGCCUUCCAUUCUGGCAUUGGAUGGCUUGCCUCGGCAUUUGCUAUUCACAUCUUAAUUUGCAUCUGCCUCGCGUGGAUUCUUUAGCGGUGCAUGACGCAACUUACAUUUUUUUGAUUUCGAACGAUCCUCCUGGAAUCUGGUGCGAAGGUCGCAUUGCCAACGUGCUGAAUUCUUCCCGGCAUCUGCCUCCUCGGACAACGCUGCCUUAACCCGAUUUGGAUUAUUCCCGUCAUGCUUAAUGUCACACAUGUUUCUCUCUCCAUGUGACGCAGUUUUAGUAAUUUUAACCAUGUUUUGAUUACAUCGUUUCCUCUACACUUCUCAAGCUUUACUUCACCUUUUUUCUUUGUGAGAUUGUGCUACCACAAUGAUUGUUGAUUUAUUGGGACAGCGUCUCUUCGAGCAAUAGUCACCUUUAUUUCCUCCCUAUGGACGAGAUCAGACACUUGGUACUGUAGAUUUUCUUUCGUUAGAUUUUGCACAUUGCCUUGUCCUAUCCGGCUUUUUCCUUUUCCAAGUCUUCGGUUAUGUGGUGGCCUCUUCAUCUCUUUCGGCAUUAUCGUUUGAAAGACCACACUACAUUUUUGUUUUCGUGGCCUUAAAGUUUAAGGACAGUGAGCUCUAUAUUUACAGGUGCUGAGCAACUUUGUCAAGCACUAUGGAGCCCCGUUAUGGGCCAGUGGUGGCACUUUACACCGCUUUAAGUCUAGGUGGAAUUGCUUGGAAAUUAAAUUCUGCUUUAUGGAGCAUUGAUAAAGAUCUGCAAGGACUGGAUCCUACUGAAGCAGCUCGCAUCCUUCAAUCUCUUCUUCAAUCAUCCGUGGUGGUGGCCUUACUUGCGAACCUUAUGGUCAACUUUUUUCUUCUGAUUACACUUUCAAUGAAGUUCAUCUUUUUUGGUCGGUUGUCUCUGUCAGAGACACAGAAGGUGGUGGAGCGACUCAUCAAUUAUGUAUUGUUCAAGGGAUUAUUCUUAACUUGGGUAGUAAGACCAGAAAUGAUGCAGAUUGCCAUCUGGCUGGGAUGGUUUUCAGUCUUGGGUUUCCUGAAGAUGUUCCAAGGUUUGGCGAGGGAUCGUCUGGAGUACUUGAGUGCGUCUCCUUCUGCAACAAUUUUGUCUCACCUAAGAGUUUAUACAGUUCUUUAUUUUGUCCUUCUGUUUGACUUACUCUGGAUGCAACUGUGUUUUUUGUUGUUCAAAGACAUUGGGACGAGCACCUUCUUGUUGCUUUUCUUCGAGCCUCUCUGUAUAGCAUUGGACACACUUCAGGCAGUAAUCGUACACGGUAUGCAGUUAAUGGAUACUUGGCAGCGGCAAAAUCUUGAUAUAUCUGCACAUGAUAUAAGUUUGCAGCCUUCAGAGAGGUCUGCUGCAGGUGCAGCUUGGGAAUGGCGUGGGACUGUUGUACGAAAUUGCAGUUUUGUGAUGGAUAUUGUGAGCUUGUUGCUGGCUUUGGGCCAUUGUGUUCAUAUCUGGUGGCUACGAGGUCUUGCUUUUCAAGUGAUUGAUGCUAUCCUUUUUCUUAACUUGCGGGCGUUAUUGAGUGCCAUCUCAAAAAGAAUAAAAGGUUUUAUGCGUCUCCGUAAAGCCAUGACCACCUUGCAGGGAGCACUUCCUGAUGCAACACAGGAGGAGCUUUUAGCAUAUGAAGACGAUUGCGCAAUUUGCAAGGAACCUAUGGCAACGGCAAAACGGCUUCCUUGUGCACAUCUCUUCCAUCUUACGUGCUUGAGAUCUUGGUUAGAUCAAGGAUUAGCAGAGACGUAUUCAUGUCCAACCUGUCGUAGACCACUCUUUAUGGGCGGCUCACUGACUGCAACACCCAAUUCGCAGCGACUGGUGGAUGCUCCCACUAUAUCCCCUGUUACAAAUGAAAUUCAGGCACAGGUGCUACUACAACAUGAUCUGGUGCUAUCGCCAUCGCCACCCCUUACCGACUUGGUACCUACGCCUACACCACAUUGGAGUGCCCCAGUCACCAGCACGUGGACGGGCACAGCCCAAGAGGUAGGCUCAGUUGGAGUUGUAGCAGCAAUUGACGAAGCAAAUGGAACAACAGGUGCUCAGAAUACAGGGGGUAGGCUUGGUCGCUUGCGCUUGAUGAUGAGGCAGUUGUCAGAGUCAGGUCAUAGUCAUGACCAUGGUCUAGUUGAGAACGGCAAUUGGAAUUGGUGGCCAUUUGGUGGGGAAAGUAGCGUCCAGUCAAGCAGGCACAACAGACAUGAAUCAGCUGGUGGUCUUCGUUUGCGCAAUAACUCAAUUGGAUUGGCCACUAGGGCGGAUCCAAGGAUUUCAGCAAUGGUUGACAUGGUACGUGAGGUGCUUCCAAACGUCGCGGAUGAACUCAUUUUACAGGAUUUGAUGCGAACAAAUUCUGUAACAGCCACUGUUAAUAACCUUCUGUAGUUGAAGGUGCCACACGCAUGGAACAACCCAUAUUCCAAAAGUUAUUAUCUUCAGCAAUGUUGUCUUGUUUUGGUUAGUGAGCUGCGAAAUUGUCUCAAGUUCGAAUCGCUACUUGUUGGCAAAAACACAGCCUCUUUCCAGCAACAGAUCAACAGCUUUUGAGUGCUCAUUCUACCUAAUCGUCACAAUAUGAAGGUGACGUAAAGAAUGUUUGCUCUUCUCUAGGGUUGUAAAACGCUUGUGUACAGACGUGGACACAAGUAUCUUUGCCAAAAGCACUGUAGCAAUAAUUGCAGGUCUCGACUUAUCCUGACGCUCAAGCAAGGUUUGAUGAAAUUUCCAGUCAAACAUCUGUCCUACCACGUGUGGAGUUUUCUGCUCUUUCUGGAGUGCCGAAGUUUGUGCUCUUUUUGCUAAAGGGAAGCGUUGGUUUCGCCUAUCUCAAAGAGGAUCACUUGACCUGCAAUAAGUCAACGUCCUCCUGAAGUGUAAAUUUCAGCACAAUGCAGUCUGUGGCGUUACAACAUUUGGAUGCAAAUAGUAGAUGAGGAUUUGCUCAGGCUGGUUGUUCGCUGUAUAGGAUGAACGAUUCUAGAGAAACUGUAAGGGUCAUGAGUCUCUUCCAAUGAUAUUUGUACAUAUUGUCGACCAUUCAGGGUUGACAAGAGGCAAGAUUCUCACCUUGCGCUCCUCUACUACUGUCAAACUGGCAGUUCGAGUAAUGUAUAGUGAUGAAACGUGUUUUGAAAUGAUUCUUUUGAUUAUUGUACAAGCUAUUUAUAGGCUCCCAAUGUAUUAUCAGGCUCCUUUCAAUUUGAAAUGUCUCCAUUGAUGAUGAUGAUGAUUAUGUCACAUUAUCUUAUUCCACCA